AUGGCAGCCGUCAAGCUUAGAAAUAAACCGUCCGUGGGCUGGCUACCGUUGAUCCUUUUCAGCACGUCAAACCUCACCACGACAGCACAACUCGUCGACCUCCCGCAAGAAGUGGUGAUCAAUUCCGGACGUCCUACAUUCUACACUCCCGGAAGUCCGUUGUCGGGCAAGAUAGCGCUCGAAGAGCACGUCGGAAAUACCCUCUUCAGCGGCGUCUACACUCCUCCCCCAGUCAACUUCACCAACGAACCAGCCUUUGAUCUGGCCAUAUACGAUGCAGAUGUCUCCUCUCGACUCAACGACAUCGAUACUCGCGUCGCCGCUAUGAACGCCGCCAACAUCAGCAUGAGCGUGGUAAUUUUUGGCGCGCCAGGUAUUCAUGGCAUCUUCAACACCACCUUCGCCACCAUAGCAGCGACAUAUGUAAACGAUGAAGCAGCCCAGACCUACAACCAUGGAUCCCACUCAUCUCGCUUCGAUUUCUGGUGUAGUAACGCGCUUCAAGACCCUAUAUCCGCAGCUGCCGAGCUCGAGCGCUGUGUCAAGCACCCAGGUGGCGUUGACUCUUUUGUUGGCGGUUACACCAACAACGGGUCAGAGAACAGUAUCAUCUCCCUCGACGAUCCGGUCAACGACGUCUUCCUGGCCAAAGUAGCGGAGUUAGACGUCCCGAUACACCUCCACCUGCGCGAAGCAGCACCUAACCAGCACCGUGUUUAUCAAGACUAUUCCAUUAUGGCAGGCUCACCCUGGGGUUUCGCCGCGGAAAUCGGAGCUCACGCUUUACGUAUAAUGAUGAGUGGCGUGCUCGAUACCUAUCCCAACCUGAAGAUAAUUCUAGGCCACUGUGGCGAGGGCCUGCCUUUCUUCAUGCCUCGGAUCGAAUCACGCUUGCGCCAUGCGAUCCAUUCCUAUCCCGCGAAGCAGAAUCUGACAUACUACUGGAACCGUAACUUCUACGUUACGACUUCCGGAAUCCAGAGUAAAGCCGUGUUGGAUUUGACGUUGGCGAGCUUGGGUGAGGAUAGGGUGAUGUUAAGUGUGGAUUAUCCUUUUGAAGAUGAUGUUGAGUUGGGGACUUGGUUUGAUCGAAUUGAGAUGUCGGUAGGGGCGAAGGAGAAGAUUGCUAGUGAAAAUGCCAGGAAUAUUUUGAAGCUUCGUUGA